CCCGGACCGUUGUCCCGAAGAGCGAGAUCGAGCUUGGCCGCCUCCCCCUCCCUUCUCCCUCCCUCCUUCCUUCCGCCGCAACAUGGCUAACAACAGCCCCGCGCUGACAGGCAACUCGCAGCCGCAGCACCAGGCGGCAGCGGCCGCAGCCCAGCAGCAGCAGCAGUGCGGCAGCGGCGGCACCACCAAGCCGGCAGUCUCGGGCAAGCAGGGCAAUGUGCUGCCGCUGUGGGGCAACGAAAAGACUAUGAACCUCAACCCCAUGAUCUUGACCAAUAUCCUGUCGUCGCCUUACUUUAAAGUGCAGCUCUACGAGCUCAAGACCUACCACGAGGUGGUGGACGAGAUCUACUUUAAGGUCACGCAUGUUGAACCAUGGGAGAAAGGAAGCAGGAAAACAGCUGGCCAAACAGGGAUGUGCGGAGGGGUUCGAGGUGUUGGAACAGGAGGAAUUGUUUCUACAGCUUUUUGCCUGUUAUACAAAUUAUUUACUCUGAAAUUAACUCGCAAGCAAGUGAUGGGUCUCAUAACACACACAGACUCUCCAUAUAUUAGAGCCCUUGGAUUUAUGUAUAUAAGGUACACACAGCCCCCUACAGAUCUGUGGGACUGGUUUGAAUCCUUCCUUGAUGAUGAAGAGGACCUAGAUGUGAAGGCUGGUGGAGGCUGUGUAAUGACCAUUGGAGAAAUGCUGCGAUCUUUUCUCACAAAACUGGAGUGGUUUUCUACUUUGUUUCCAAGAAUUCCGGUUCCAGUUCAGAAAAAUAUUGAUCAACAGAUUAAAACCAGGCCAAGGAAAAUCAAGAAGGAUGGAAAGGAAGGCACUGAGGAAAUAGACAGACAUGUUGAGCGCAGACGUUCAAGGUCUCCAAGGAGAUCACUGAGUCCACGAAGGUCCCCAAGAAGAUCCAGAAGUAGAAGCCAUCAUCGAGAAGGCCAUGGGUCUUCUAGUUUUGAUCGAGAAUUAGAAAGAGAGAAAGAACGCCAGCGACUAGAGCGUGAAGCCAAAGAAAGGGAGAAAGAAAGGCGAAGAUCCCGGAGUAUUGAUCGGGGGCUAGAACGCAGGCAUAGCAGGAGUAGGGAAAGACAUAGAAGCCGUAGUCGAAGUCGUGAUAGAAAAGGGGAUAGAAGGGACAGGGAUCGGGAAAGAGAGAAAGAAAAUGAGAGAGGUAGAAGACGAGACCGUGACUAUGAUAAGGAAAGAGGUAAUGACCGAGAAAAGGAGCGAUCACGAGAACGGUCCAAGGAACGGAGAAGUAGGGGUGAGGUAGAAGAAAAGAAACAUAAAGAAGACAAAGAUGAUAGGCGACAUAGAGAUGACAAAAAAGAUUCCAAGAAAGAGAGAAAACAUAGUAGAAGUAGAAGCAGAGAAAGAAAACAUAGAAGUAGGAGUAGGAGUAGAAAUGCAGGGAAACGAAGUAGAAGCAGGAGCAAAGAGAAAUCAAGUAAACAUAAAAAUGAAAGUAAAGAAAAAUCAAAUAAACGGAGUAGAAGUGGCAGUCAAGGAAGAACUGACAGUGUUGAAAAAAGAAAACGAGAACAUAGCCCCAGCAAAGAAAAAUCUAGGAAGCGUAGCAGAAGCAAAGAACGUUCCCACAAACGAGAUCACAGUGAUAGCAAGGACCAGUCUGACAAACGUGAUCGCCGAAGGAGCCAAAGCAUAGAAACAGAGAGCCAAGAAAAACAACAUAAAGACAAAGAGGAGACUGUGUGACGAUUUUUUUGUAAAAGUGGAUCACAUUGAAUCCUAUAAACAUUGGAUUAAAUCUGCUUUUUUUUUCCUCCCAAGUUGAGAUUGUGCAGUAGUUACGCACUCUUCAAGCUCCCUGUAGGCUGCAUUUUCAUUUCCUCUUUUGUGUAGGGAAGUGCCUUUGUAAUCCCAUUUAUUGCAUUGAUGUCUUCACCCUAUUGUUGAGUUUGAUACAUGAUGCACAGAUUGUUCUUGCAUUUUAUUGUUUAACUGUUUUUGAGAUGUACAGUCUGUACAUAUGUCCUGAAAAUGUUUUAAUUCCUUUGGCAUGGUUGCCAUGUUGGUUAAAUUUGUAUAAGGCAAUAAACUGCCACUAAUUCUA